AUGCUGUCCAAUCCAACAGGACUUCACGCCCGGCAAAAGCAGCACCGGCGUCAAAACUCGACACCGUCUGCUUUUGAGGGCGCCAAGAUCCCUAAUCUGCCAACUACACAACGACAAACCGCCCACCGACGCGGCCUCAGCCUGGAUGUUCGACGACAACAACAGAACCAGAACAUCAACUCAGCAGCAACAAGGCAGAACUACAUGCAAGUUCUGCGAGAAGCGCAGCAGCAACGCAUUCAAGCACGCCCGGGCACACAGAACCCUUACGCCAACCUGGCCCCAAGUGGAAGUGAGAACUAUCUCAUGUCCCCUCAUGGAACUCCUCAGACACAACGAUUCGACCCGUCCUGCUUUGACCCCAACUCACUCCCCUUUGACCCUUACACUACUGAUCUUAACGUGAUGCUGGGCAAGGGCCAACAGGCUGCAUACGGUGACAAUAUGUCGGGAGGUAAGGAAUUUGAUAUCUUUAACAAUGACAGUGCACUUUCUACUCCAACGUUCAUCGACUUUCCUUCUGAGGGUUCCUCCGCUCAGGGUUGGUCCUCUGAAGGUGACACCUCCAGUACAAGGAGAACCUCAAGAAGGAUAAGUGGUGGCAUUAUGGACCGCGUUAACAAGUUUGAGACCUUGGACUCAACGACAAGACCCGCUACGCCUCCUAACCAGAACCAAGGUCAGAAUCAGAGCCAGAACCAGAACACACAAAGUCAGUCGCUCAGCUGGACAAUGACUAUGCCUGAGGCGGCUAACCUUGAGCAAGGUUACUUCCCCCCUACGCCGAUUGAGACUCCCCAUGACCGAUUGGUCAAGGAUGAGAGCAUGUCAAGUCGGUUCGCUGAUGGCUAUGAUGAGUCUUUGGAAGAGACGAUCAAGCCCGUGAGGAACCGUGGAGGAAACCGAAGGGCCCAGACCAUCUUCCAAGACAUCAGACAACAUUCUGAGCAAGUCAUGUCUAGCCCAGCUCGGUCAAAUACUCUUCCCGACUCAUCCUUCAAUGGACUGCCAAUGUCGACACCUGACUACAUGAACAUGAACAGCUUCAACAACGAGUUCAUGAAGAUCGAGAGCGACUUUGGCCGGGAUGACAUCCACGGUCUCAACCAUCAACUACCACAACAAGCCACUCCCAACACUCCUCAAAUGACACAGUACCUGGGCUCUUUUGAUAACAAGCCUGAACUCCAAUCCUAUCCCAUGGGUCCUCAAUCUGUCUCUGGAACUCCCUCUCAGACACCUUCUCGUCGCCACUCUCCCCAUCGCCGCACUGAGUCAGUUGCUAGCAUCGCAAGUGCUGCCAGCAUCGCCAGCAUCAACAUCGAGGAGACCAAGACAGAGACCGGAGUCACUCAGGAUGAGAUCGCCCAAUUCAUCAGUGGCCCAGACGCCAGCGACGGCAAGUGGACAUGUACUUAUGAAGAUUGUGGCAAGAAGUUCGGCCGCAAGGAGAACAUCAAGUCACAUGUUCAGACUCAUCUCAAUGACCGACAAUACCAGUGUCCCACUUGCAAGAAGUGCUUUGUUCGACAGCACGAUCUCAAGCGACACGCCAAGAUCCAUACUGGUAUCAAGCCCUACCCUUGCGAAUGUGGCAACAGCUUUGCUCGCCACGAUGCUCUUACUCGACACCGCCAACGAGGCAUGUGCAUUGGUGCAUUUGACAACGUCGUGCGCAAGGUUGUCAAGCGAGGCAGACCGCCCAAGAAGAGCCGCCCUGAUAUCGAGACUCGCAUGGAGAAGUCGGCGCGAACCCGCAAGAAGAACAUGUCUGUCAGCUCAAUGUCAUCAUUCUCUGCUUGUUCUGACAGCUCAGCUGUCAACUCACCAGAACAGUUUAUGCUUGAUGAAAUGAUGGAUAUUGGAAUGAGUUCGCAGAACCAGGCCCUCGCUGCCGUCUCUUCAGCACCCAUGACUGGCAUCACAGCCGCCGCUCUUCAGGAGUAUGCCUCCUCCCCCUCCACUGGCAGUGUACACUCAUACAUCUCGCCGGAGGCCAUCAUGGAGGGCACUCCUAUGCACGCUGCAUCUCCUUCCAAGAGCAUCGCAAGCCAGUACAACACACCACCUGAGCUCUCGCAAUCAUCCUCUCCCCCAGCCGCUCACUUCUUCGACGUCGAUCCCAACACUUCAAUCAACAACGACGAUCUGACCCUGAUUCCCGGGACAACAACUUUCGUUACCUCGGCAACCAUGGCUGCUUCUAUUCCCCUUGGCCUAAGCAACGCAGACGAUGAAAUGCUGUAUCAAUUUGCCAACGACGACGAUCUUAUCCAACUGGAUCGCGACUCCAACAUGCUCAUGAGCAAGUUUGACGAUGAUUUCGACAACGUCGGCAUGUUCACCAACAACAAUGACGACGUCUUCUUUGGCAGCAACUAG